AUGUCGAUCUGCAGCAUAACUGGCAUCGUCUGCCCCGGUGUCAGCAAGUCGCGGGCAGCGGGGCGCCCCAUAGGUUUGGCUCCUCGUGUCGUCAGGGCUGCUGUGAGCACCAACGGCGCACCUACCGCCGCACCCGACGCGGCGAUCCCCAAGCCUGUCGUGAAAAUCGACAACAUCCGGGAUCCCUUCGCCACUGUGGUGACCGUGGAGUUUGGGGACCGCCUGGGCGAGCUGCUGGACACGAUCACGUCCCUCAAGAACUUGGGCUUGAACAUCCGCCGCGCGAAGCUGGACGGCGCGCCCGGGCGCAAGUCCAACACCUUCUACAUCACAGACGCCACCACCAGCGAAAAGAUCACGCGCAGCGCGCAGAUCGAGGAGAUCCGCAUGACCAUCAUCAACAACCUGCUUUACUACCACCCGGAGUCGUCCGAGGCGCUGGCCGCCGGGCAGCCCGCGCGCUCCUCGUCGCGCGACUCGACGUCCCCCCUCGGCCCCAAGGCGCGCAGCGUGGUGCAGACGACCAUCGAGGUCGCGGAGGCGGACAACGGCAGCUGCUCGGUCUGCAAGAUCUCCACGCGCGACAGGCCCGGCCUGCUGGUGGACGUCGUGAGUGUCCUCAAGGACAUCAACGUGAACGUGGUCAGCGCGGAGAUUGACACCUUUGGCGACGAGGCGCGCGACGAGCUGUUUAUCACGUACCACGGGGAGCCGCUGCCGGGGCCCAUGGUGCAGCUCGUGACCAACGCGCUGCAGUACUACCUCUCGCUCGCUGAGGUGGAGAAGGAGGAGAGCUACUGA